AUGAAGUAUCUUGAGUCAUGUGUGAAGACAAGGUACAUUCUCAGAGGUCAAUUGGCAAAAAUUGCACCGUUGGCAAAUGUCAAUAUCCGAGUCAACAUACCUACAGCUAAAGGUUCUUCACAUGACGACUAUGUUGUUGACAAAGACUUACCAUGGUUGAAGAUUGUAAUUGUCCACAACCACUUCAUGUUGAACGAAAGUCUUACAAACCCAUUCUUUGGUAAAAGUAAGUGCAACAUUGUCAGAGCUGUCAACAUUCUUUUCAAGAAAGGUUUGUUGGAACCAAUUCCAGAUGACAAGCUGACAGAAACUUUUGUACCAAAAGACGAAACAAACUUUUCAUUGUUAGCAAGACCAAAAGUUGUUCCAGACAAAGUUCUAGUACAAAAGAAGUACACGGUUCCACAAGGGGUUGGUAUGUUCAGAUACCAACCUGAACCAGAAGAACUUCCAAUGAGGUUGCAAGAACUUCAAGAUGCUAUAAACAAACUUCCAUUGAGACAUCCAAUUGACGUCAAAUUAUAUUGGAGAGCAUCUGAGUUAGGUCAGAAGGUUUUAUAUGAAACAGGUUGCUUCGACGAUGUUUAUGAGAUAACAGGAGAAGUUUCUCAGAAGAUAAGAGACUCACUUGAAUUUCCACAAACUGGACCAAUUGGUUGCAACAAGUUCGACUCAGAUGAAAAGAUAUACUAUGUCGACCUUAACGCUGCAUACAUGAGGUUUGUCCAAUAUAUUCCGACUGGAAUUCCAAACGAAGAUGGUGAGUUCCCGGGAAGGAACUAUACAGUUGGAAAAGUCAUACAACAACUGUAUGAUAUUAGGAAAGCUUCAAACCCCAAACUUGCAAUGACACUCAAAUUGCUUAUGAAUUCGACAUGGGGAUAUUC